CGAGGCGUCGGGGCGGCGACUGGCGGGAAGCCCGUGCAGGCGGGCCGGGGAGGGGCGGCGGGGCUGGGCAGGGCCGGCAGCCUCUUCCCGGGGCCAGGGGACGCAGCGGGCAGCCGCAGCCGGGGCUUCUCCUCCUCCUCUUCCUCCUGGCCGCCGAGAUGGGCAGCGUCCUCCUGCAGGGCUCCGCGGCCGCCCCCGAGCCGCCCUGCCCGGCAGCGCCGGAGCCCCGCGGGCCGGUCAAGCGGGACUACCAGCGCCGGAUCUUUGUGAACCGCAGCUUGGCGCUGGAGAAGAUAAAAUGCUUUGGUUUUGACAUGGACUACACCCUUGCAGUGUACACAUCCCCAGACUACGAAGAGCUCACCUUUGAGCUGCUGCUGGAGCGGCUGGUGUCCAUCGGGUACCCACCCGAAAUUCUGGAAUACAAGUACGACCCUGCCUUCCCCACCAGGGGGCUGAUCUUUGAUGUCCGGUAUGGGAACUUGCUGAAGGUGGACUCCCAUGGCAAUCUCUUGGUGUGUGCGCAUGGCUUCCAUUUCCUCAAGGGCAGUGAAAUCUGGAAUUACUACCCAAACAAAUUUAUCCAGAGAGACGACACGAAACGUUUUCAUAUUCUGAACACUUUGUUUAAUUUGACAGAAACCUACCUCUUGGCCUGUCUCGUGGACUUCUUCACCGGCUUCUCCAGAUACACAAACUGUGAGACCGGCUACAGGCAGGGCAACCUCUUCAUGUCCUUCCGCAGCAUGUUCCAGGAUGUCCGAGAGGCCAUGGAUUAUGUUCACCUUUCAGGCUGCCUGAAGGAGAAGAUGCUGAAGAACCUGGAGAAAUACGUGGUGAAAGACCCCCGUAUUCCUCUUCUGCUGAGUCGCAUGAAGGAUGCAGGGAAGAUGUUUCUUGCCACUAACAGUGACUACAACUACACGGAUGCAAUCAUGACGUACUUACUUGACUUCAGUGAAGGAAACACGCAGGACAAAUCCCAGCAUCGACCGUGGCGCUCUUACUUUGAUCUGAUUGUUGUCGACACUCGCAAGCCCCUCUUUUUUGCUGAGGGAACUGUCCUGCGGCAAGUCAACAUAGACACGGGGAAGCUGCGAAUUGGGACCUACACAGGACCCCAUCAGCACUGCGCUGUCUAUUCUGGAGGUUCCUCAGACAUGAUCUGUGACCUGCUGGGCGUGAAGGGCAAGGAGAUCCUUUACAUUGGAGAUCAUAUCUUUGGGGAUAUUCUCAAAUCUAAGAAGAGGCAAGGAUGGCGCACAUUCCUGGUGGUUCCGGAAGUGGCAAAGGAGCUGCAAGUGUGGACUGAGAAGAGUGAACUCUUCGACGAGUUGCGGCGUCUGGAUGCGGUCUUGGCCGAACUGUACCAGCACUUGGACAGCGGAAGCAGCGAAUGCCCAGACAUCAGCUCCAUCAAGAAGGAGAUCCAGAAAGUGACCCACGAGAUGGACGUAUGUUAUGGGAAGAUGGGAAGCCUCUUCCAUUGUGGUUCCCGCCAGACGCUCUUUGCCAAUCAGCUGAUGCGCUACGCAGACCUCUAUGCCGCCUCCUUCGUGAACUUCUUCUAUUAUCCUUUCAGCUACGUUUUCCGGGCACCAGCAGCUCUGAUGCCGCAUGAGUCAACCGUGGAGCAUAUCAAAAUGGAGACCACCGAGAUGGACUUUAUGCACCAGCUCAGGCAGCAGGUGGAAUGAUUUAUACUUGGAGUCAAGAUAAAUUGCAGCAAUGCAAUUAAGAUCAUUUCGCAUGCAAUACAUUCUUAGCCUUUCAACUCCCAGAAAACAAUGGAUGAUGGAUGCUUCCACAGUUUAAUUCUUCUUCCAAAGAUGUAUAUUUUCUUCUAAAAGGCUUAGGAAAGCUUAGAGACACCCAAUGGCAAAUGCAGGAGAGAGCACACCCCCGCCCUUGCUUUCCCCAGGGAAAAGCAGCCAUCUUCUCCAUCUCUCCAAUUGGAAUUUUCCCUUAAAUGGGGAGAAAUUCUUCGUUGCAUUUGGUUACCAGGGACACAGCUGGACCCUCUGGAUGGGAAGGGAAAGGGCAGAAUUCAAAUCCCUAGAGGAUUGCAGCACAGGCCACCGGAGAAAGAACUGACCGUGUCUUCUGCUCUAUCAUCUAUCAUCAUCCGGGUUGAACCCAAAACUCUACACUUCCAGAAGGCUUGGUCUAUAACCCAUCACCUCUGCCAAAAUAAAUAUGUUUUUGUGA